AUGUCUCAUCAAUUCAAAAUACAUGUAGAGAACACUACACUAACACUGCAAGGAAGUCCAGAAGAGUCUGUCGGCUGCGUUCUACGGGGAUGUCUCUUGUUGAAUGUCAAGGAAGCCAUCAAGGUCAGAUCAAUCACUCUGAAUCUGUCAGGUAAAAUAAAAUUGGUCUGGAAUGAGCGCAACCAUCAGCACAAGAAGGAGUUUACUGUAUUGGACCACGACUGGAGCUUCUUAUCAAGCCAAAAGAAGCUGCAUGUGCUCACUCCCAACGUCUACAAGUACUCGUUUGAAUACAUCUUCCCUGGCAAUCUGCCUGAAUCCAUUGAUUCCCAUUCGUACGGCUCUGUGUUAUACAAACUGAAGGCAACUGUAGACCGACCAGCAUUCUCGCCCAACUUGAUUGACCGCCAAACGCUUCGUGUCGUCCGCCAUUGUAUACCACCUUACCACAUGUCGAAUCUACCCAUGCAAAUCUCAAAUGAAUGGGCCAACAAGAUUGACUAUCAAAUCACAGUACCCAAGAAGAUUUUCAGCCGAGGAGAGCAGAUCCCAAUUGACUUUUCACUCAGGCCCAAGCCCAACUCUGAUAGACUCCAUGUGCGCUACUUGUCGUACUUUCUCAAGGAGUACACAACCCUUGUGCUAGGUGCCACAGAUAGCAACACGCAAACAGAAUCGCGAAUCGUCCGCUUCUUUAGAGAUGAGUCUUUUCCUUCCGAAGGGUUACACUGGAACAAAUCAGUAGUCAUGACAGUGCCACACUCUUUUGAUUCGAUACAAUGUGAUACACACAACCAGUUCUUUCGAAUCGAGCACAAGCUGAAAUUUACAAUGUCCCUGAUCAACGGCCGUGGUGAACUCUCUGAAUUGCGCGCAACUAUACCCGUCGAUAUCGUAGCCCAAAGAAUCGAGCAAGCACAGGAAGAGAACGAAUUGCCUACGUAUGAAAAUGCCUGGAGAUCAGCGCCGUAUUCUCCCUUGCCCUAUCUGGAUGCUAAUUCACCUCACUCACCCACGGACGAUGCAUACCCAAUCACACCACCACCACCACCACAUCAAAGUCAUACCGAGAGAACGGAUGAUUAUUUUGGCUACCAACCUCAAUUGCAGCAACCACAGCGCACCAUUGAUACCGUCUGUCAUAGCAGUGGUUUGCCUUCCUAUUACUCGGUUGUUCUCUCACCACCUUCAGUGAUUGAUGAUAAUGAUGGCUUACCCUCCUACGAUUUUGCCAAUUAG